UCUUUGAUCAGAAAGGUGAUCAGCACUGCGAAAGCCCCGGGGACCACUGGUUCCUGCAGUCAAGCCGGGUGAGUCGACCGGACCAUUUACAUUUCAGCACAGCGAGGCGUGGACCCCUCCUGUGGAUAGCUGGUACCGGGGGCAGCAGAAGAAGCCAAACAAGCUCUUACAAACAUGGGUGAAAUUCCGUCAGCUGCAGGCUGUGACUUCACCAAUGCGGUAAAAACAAUUGUUUUGCUGGCUGACGUGAAUGACUCCAAGACUGCCGAUGAAAUGGACAAACAGCCCUUCAAGAGUCGUUUUUCUGUAAGAGCUGCUCACCAGCUUGCUGCUUUGCCCAAAGGAGGCCACGUGGGGACUGAAGCAGUGGCUGACCAAGGACCUUUCACGACGGCAUCGCUCUAA